GUCAUCAUUGAUCGACCAGAGUGUGGUGUCUGAAGAAGGAGAAAUGGCUGCAAGGUUACUGCUGCGCUCGGCUUUCAAAGCCGCUACAUCCCGCCAGGCUGCCCGAGUCCCUGCCCUGACUCGCAGCAUGGCUGCUGGAGGGAUUCCCACUGAUGAGGAGCAGGCCACAGGGUUGGAGAGGAUCAUCAUGGAUGCCAUGAAGGAGGGAAAGGACCCCUACAACAUGUUGAAGCCAAAGUGGUACAGUGGUACCAAGGAAGAUCCAAACAUUGUUCCCUCCAUUACAAACAAGAGGAUUGUGGGAUGUAUCUGUGAAGAAGACAACACAUCUGUGGUGUGGUUCUGGAUUCAUGAUGGGGAGGCCCAGCGCUGCCCGUCCUGUGGUUCCUACUACCAACUGGUGCACUCUGAGAUUGCACACUAAUUUAUAACAAACCUGUCUUACACAGCUGUGGCUGCACAGCAUUUGCUUUUCUUGGUAAAUAUUCCAUCAGAAUAAGGUAAAGAAGAAUCGGGCAGCGAUUAUCAUUUUCAAUCUCCAGGAAAUUUAUUAAGGAUUCUUUUUGCUUGUGUAUUUCCUGGUCCUACAUCACUAGCCCUUGUCUGAUUGGUCUUUGACUUGUUCUGUCUAAGUACUUGAUGAACCUGCUAACCUCAGCAGUCUUUGCGCGUUACAUUUACCAGAGGGAUCAGAUGUGGUUUGGGACUCAACUGUUUCUUUCAGAUCAUUUCCAUUCAGCUGCCGUUUACAUUGACACUUGUACUGUACAAUGUUACACUUAAUGGUCCACUUACUCCUUUUAUUUAACCAAUAAAAUCCUCAAUGUAUCAA